AUGGAACGUCUGAAGGUCAAGCGAGGAGCGCGACGUGGACAGUCAACGAAGAUUAUCAAUGAGGUGGUGGCUGCCCUCGCAGACACGGGAACUACGGCACAUACGUACGAGUCACUGUUGGAGAGACUUCUUACGACCAGCAGAGAAAUCGGUCAACUCGACACGGAGCUGGAAGCGUUGGUGGCGACUGAGAGCCUCGCUGAAGAGUACUCUAUGGUCCUGGAAUACGAGGAUCGCAUCGCUCACACGACAGCGCUGUUGAAGGCGAAGAUUGCGGAGUUAACGGAAGGUGACCGCAGACCUCCUACGGCCUCUGCAGUAACCGAAGAGGGAACAAGAGAUAGGUCAAAGAGGAUAAAGCUACCCAAGCUACAGCUACAGACCUUCCGUGGAGAUCUGGAUCGAUGGCUCCCUUUCUGGGAACAAUUCUGCGAAGCGGUGCACGAAAACGACGAUCUCACAAAAAGUGAGAAAUUUCAAUACCUGCGGACGCUCUUGUCUGGACCACCCGCUGCCGCUAUAGCUGGUCUGCAAGCUUCGGAGGCGUGCUACGAGGACGCUGUCAAGAUACUAACCCAUCGAUUUGGGGACCGGAAAUGGAUCACCCAGGACCACCUUGCGAAGCUCUGGACUCUCCCAGCGGUGACGUCACCAAGUGAUGUCAGAGGGCUUCGACGGCUGUACGAUCACACGCAGGCUCAUAUCCGUGGUCUGCGAGCUCUGGGAGUUGCCAACUCAGCGUACGCUGCUUUGCUGGUGGACAUCCUUCUCAAGGCACUACCCAGCGACAUCACACUGGAGUACUAUCGCCGAUCAGCACGUGCAACAGCAACCGCUGUUCAACAGGACAGUGCAUCGGGAGAUGGUCAACUAGAAGUACAGCACGAGACCUCGUACACCGAAAAGGAGUUAGAGAGAGUACUGGACUUCCUGCGUAUCGAAGUGGAAAGCCGUGAGAAGUCCGGUAUGGUCAGCACGAACAGAGACGGGCCACCCAGAGGUGGAACCCUGGGAAAGAGUCUACGGAAAGAGAAGAACGUCCCAGCCGCGGCCGUACUGCAGUCAUUAGCGAAAGCCACGUCAAAGUGCAUCUUCUGCGACUCGGAAGACCACAGCAGUGGAGAUUGCAACACACCCAUUGAAAUGGAACGAAAGAAGAAGGUACUCGCGACGGACGGCCGCUGCUUCAGGUGUACCGUCAAGGGGCACCGAGCUAAGGACUGUAGGCGAAAAGUCACAUGCUUAACAUGCAAGGGGAAACACGUGACCUCCAUGUGCGACCCUAAAUGGUCGGGAAGCUCGUCCACGAAAGCGAAAGAAGUUGACACAGUUGCCAUGCACGCAGCAACCCAGUAA